AACGAAAACAAAAACAUUAUUAUUAUGUUUAACUAAAUUAAAAACAAAGAAUUGCAAAAUUUGUGAAAAUGCCAGCUUUUUGUGCUGUCCAAAAUUGUGGUGAUAAAUAUGGGCACGCGGAGAAUAUAUCGUUUCACAAAUUCCCAUUUAAGCGACAAGAGUUAAUGAAGAAAUGGCUUGAUUUCGCGCAACGUGGUCCAGAUUGGCAACCUUCUAAGUGGAGUGCUAUAUGUAGUCGUCACUUUUGUGAAGAAGAUUUCAAUUGUGCUGCCGAUCGCAAAAUACUAAAGAAGACUGCGGUGCCAUGUUUGCGCAAUCUGAAACAUAUGCAAACCAUAGAAAAGGAUUACACUGAACGGAAACAAGAAGUUAUUGCCAAAGAAACCCCUUUGCAACAAAAUCUCACAAAAACCGCAAUCAGCAGCUCACCCGCCACAGAGACGUUCAAUGAAGCAUACGAAGAAUUCGAUGAGGGGGCUGAACAACGUUUGCAGACCACAUCUUUGCAAAGUUCACCGAACGCGCCGAACAAGUUUAAAUGCCGGCUGUGUGGCAGUGCAUGCUCAGCUGUGGUGUCAUUUUCUACGAAUUUCGAAAUUUAUGGCAUGAUACAAAAAUGUUUUCCUACACUCAACAUACAAAAAGACGACAACUUACCAAAAGAAAUGUGUCGCUUGUGCCUUAAACGCGUGGAAAGCUUCUCACGCUUUAUCGACAAAGUGCUGGAAACUCAAAGUGAGCUGCAACGAAAAUAUCGCACAGAGAAAAAAGACAGUAACACACGUUUUGCUGAACGCCCGCUUAAGGUAAAACAAGAGCCAGUGGUGCGUGUGAAACAGGAGCUUCCAGAGGGUUUUGACAGUUUUCUCUCUGAUGAUCUGGAUAUGGGAAUGGAUGAGGGUUGUGAACCGGAGCAUGACGCUGAGACGAUUGUUGAACAAAAAUAUGAUUUCUGUGAUUUUCCCAUGUUGAAUGCACAGGAUAUAAUCAACAAUUGUGAUAUAAUGGAAAUAAUAAAUUUGGAUGAUCCUUUCAUAAACAUACCAGAUGAUGAUGCGAAUACGAAUUGUGAAAAUAAUACACAAAAUUCAAAACAACAAGAUAAUGCUAUACAACAGCAACAUCAAGAGAGGAACAAGCGCACUUUACUAAGUGCUCACGAACUGCUACAAAACCAUUUGUUAAGUGAAGAGCACAACUAUGCUUAUACAACGGAGGAUUUGAAGGAAGAGUGUCAAUUCAAAAAUACUUAUAAGACAGAGAAGACUGAUGGCGCCGAAUGUGGAGAUCGGGGAGACUUUAACGCGAAUGCUGGAACUGAGGACGAUGAACAGACGGGUUAUGCGGGAGACGAGCAUCACAAUGGUGAAAAUGGCGCCUCAACCGGCAUAUAUAAAGAAAACUAUGCCCCGGCAAACAUGCACUUGGAAAGUGCGGCUGCUGCAAACGUUGAAAAGCCAACAAAUACCGCCGAUACAACUGCUACGCCACCCGACACACGUUCUACAAGACCAAUAGUCACGUCAGUGAGUGAACUUUCUGAUGCAUCAAUAACAUUACCCAAUCGGACGGUCGAGGAUCAUAAUCGUGCCAAGAAGCUUGUUGUCACUGCGGUGGAUGAUAUACCGGCGCCAAACAAUGAAGCUGGGUCAAAAGUGAGUGUUUCUACAUCAGCUACAGCGCCAAUGAAAACACAUUCCAAACCAAAUAUUGUUGUGCUCGACGAAAGUAUAGUGAAAUCUUCAAAUGCCUUCCAACUACAUACCUGCCACAACUGUCAUUUAAAAUUCUUCAGCAUAGAGACACUAAAUCAGCAUUAUAUGGUGGCGCAUCAGACGCAAGCGCAAGCGCAAAUGCAAGACCAAGGCACACAAAUACGCCUAGAGCAAGAGAAGUUGCAAAGCGUGCAAAUGCAACAGCUACAACAGCUCUUGGAUCCAUAUAAUCCACAGCAACAAAAUAUAAUCACGCAAAAUCAUCACUACCAACAGCAGCAACAACAACAGCAACAGCAAGAUGAACGUUUGCCCAUGGUGAGUGUGCCGGGUGACUAUGUUUGGAAGUAUUACGGGGCUUCCAACGAUGUCAGAAGCGAAGCCUUCAACAAUAAUUGUAAAUUGGAGAAAGGUUUCUGCUCAACCGCUGCAUGCGCAGAUAGUCUACAUAAAACGAAUGACACACAUACUUUUCUACAGCCGAAUGUCUUUGGCUUUGAGCAUUCAAAUGCGACAAAAAAUAGCUACAUGACGCCAAACUGUGCGUCUAAGGAUACUUCAAGUUUGAACGGCGCGCCAAACGCAGUGAGAAUACUUGAAAUGAAGCGCACAUUUUUGCGGCAACACGAUCCAUUUAGCAAUAUGACUAAUAUUCAGGCUGACUACCUCAAAGCUCCUUUGAAUAACAAUGAUGCAACAAAAGCGGACAGCAUUUGCGCCGCCACAACCCUGGCGCCAGAGAAUUCCUUCAAAACUUCAACGCCUGCAAUCCAACCAACACCUACACCCGCGCGCAUGCAAAAACCAAAGCGCUCUAAACGUCGCGUGCUCUUAAGUAGGCACAUCAGCGCGCGCCUCACAGCGCUUGAACGCAAGAUAAACGCUAAAAGAGCGCCCGAUAUUAUAACAGCCGAGUAUCGGCAGCUGGGACGGCGCUACAAGAAGCUGCAACUCAAAUGUAAAUCACUGCAAAUACAAAUAUUGGAGAAGCAGAGUAAAGAGGCCAACUCCAAGUCAACAGUGUCAAGCGCGGCCAAACGCUUUCGCUGUCGCGUUUGCAGCGAAACUUUCAAGAGCAUCCAACGCCUGCUGCAACACAAGCGCACACUCAGACAUUGGGCGCGCCGCAUACCCAAACGCUUUGCCGCCACCUGCUGUGGCUGCGAGAAGUUCUUUCGCCACAAAAUCGCUUUACACAAUCACAUGCGCUACAUAUGUCAGGCGCUGCCGUUGCGCUGCUUCAAAAUGCAAAUGCAAACGUUCAAGUGCCGCUACUGCCGACGCAGCACUUUCAAUCAUUGGCGCCUCUACCGCAGACAUGAAGUGAAAUGUAAAGCGACCAGACAACGUCAAAAAUGCAGUCGAGUACGUCGCCGCCAUCACCUCCAACAACAACAAGUUACAGUGCAACCUCUAACACCGCCCAACAAGCAGCGCGGCGCCGCGCCACGUUCAACGCAUGCGUUGCCAGCAAACGCGCGCCAAUCGAAACACAAACAUUCUGCUGCGACAACGCGCACGUAUGCCUGUACGCUGUGCGCUAAGGUGUUUGCCUCGGCGAACAGACUCAGCCAGCAUCGCAUCACGCACAGCGAUCAGCGGCGCCACCAGUGCGGUCUGUGUGAGCGCGCCUACAAGCGACGCAACGGCUUGAUGCAGCAUGUGCGCGCCUUCCACUUGAAGUUGAAGCCGCAUCAGUGCCCUGAGUGUCAGCGCUCGUACGCGCUCAAAAGUGAUAUGUUACGUUGCCGGCAUGCGGCGGUCAAGCGCGCGCGUCUCAAUGAAAUUGCCUGCAGCGCAGAGUAGCUAACUGCAGCAACAAUAAAUUUCUAACAUAAGUAUGUCAUAUAAGUUUAACUAAAUAAGUGUGUUAUGUAAUGUUAGUUAGUUUCUUAUUUUUUUUAGAAUUACGUUUAUUGUUUAAACGCAAAGCAUGUUUGUUGACCAAAAAGCUAAAAAUGUAUACUACUACGAAUUUAUAACCAUCUAAUUUAAAAUUUCUAUCUAAAAGCAUUUAUUUAGUUUAUAUGUGUUUACAAAUACAUGAGUACGCCAUCAUUUAUUCAUAAAUAGAAAUAAAAAAAACUUGCAUAAGCAAGAGUAAUAUGCGUAGAUCCCGCUCUUUUCAUUUUGUAUGGUACGCCUUAAAGUAUGCAAUGCUUGUAUUCAUCCAGCGCCGGAAGUCACCGUGUGUGUGAGUUUGGCGUGUGCGUGCGGCAUUUUAGCAGCCACCUACUGUGCACUUCUGCGCGCCUGGUGUUUCAGCGACAUUUACAAUUUAAUUUUAAAAUUUUGUUUUCGCGCUGUUUGCACGUGUGUGGUGGCAUUUUCGUGUGCGUGUGAGUUGUUACGCGAAAUGCACUGCAAUUCGGGGGGAUUGGCGUAAUUUAAGAGUUUUUUAAGAAAAUUAAAUAUUUUUUAAUUAAAAAAAUUAAUAAAAUAAUUUUUAAUUAUUUUUUUUCUCAUUUUUUUUUAUUCUUAAAAAAUUAUUUUUAUUAGUAAUAUUAUUUGAAAUAAUUUUUAAUUAUUUCUUUUUCAUAAUUUUUUUUUUUUUUUAAUAAUUUUUAUUAAUAAUAGUAUUUAAUUUUUUGUGUUUAUUUUAUUUUUUAUUUUAUUUAUUUAAUUUUUAGGACCUUUUAUUUUAUUUAAUUUUUUUAUUUUUUUUUUGAUUUACAAUUUCUUUAUUUUUUAUUUUAUGUAUAUUUUUUAAUUUAAUUUUUUUUAGUAUUUUUUUUUUUGUAAUUAAAAACCUGCCUAGGCUCCUAUAGGCUUCCUACUACACAUAAAAUAAGACAUUUAAAUAGAUACAUACAUUUAUAUUUUUUAUUGAAGAUUUUCAUUAUUUUAUAAUAUUGAAUUAUUAUUUUUUUUUUACUGCUGGUAGCAUACACUUGAAAUAAUUAUUGUAAAUAUACAGACAUACUUAUUAUAUAUAAUAUUAAGCUUGGUGGUUAUUUUAACAUAGUUAUAGUACUUAAUACAUAUAUGUAUUUAUAAAUGUUAAGAAAUUUACAUUUUAUGAUUAUUUUAAAAUAUAAAACUUAAAACUAAAAAAUAUUUUUUUUAAAUACAAUGCAAAUAAAAAUUGUUGGUAAAAUAAUAAAUUUAUUAAAAUUUGUUUAUAGUCUAUUUAAUUUGCAAAUUUAUUGUGUAAAACAUAUUUUUUAAAGCGCUAGUUUUCAAAGUCACGACAUAAAAAAUCUGUUUUUAAUAAUAAUAUAUUUUUUUUUAAUAUGGAAAAAUAUAUUUU